CGCGGCCCAGCCCGGGGCACCACCACAGGUCAGGAUUCUGUAGGAGCCUGAUUUUAGAAUUCACAAGAUCACCUGAAGUACUAGAGAAAUAUGAAUUAUUAAACCUACGCUCAGCUCAAGUUAGCAACUAGACUGGUGUGACAACCUGUUUUUAAUCAGUGACUCAAAGCUGUGAUCACCUCGAUGUCACCGAAUGGCCACAGCUUGUAAAAGUGCCAGCAGGUUUAUUUUUUGUUUUGCAAGCCUGCUCUGCCUCCUUACAAUAUGACAUCUGAUGCUGGAGGGUCGCACUUUCAAAAAUGAGUCAGCUGGUACAUGGGGUUAUCAUCAGUUUUUAGCUCUUCUGUCUGGGAGAUACAAGUUUGGAAGCAAUCUUGGGGUUCUUACCCACAAGGCUGGUGGAGACCAGGUGUGUCACGAAGAUCACCAGGAGAACCUCACUCUGACGACAUCGAAGCUAGCCGAAUCUUUUCAGUCCCACUUCCACUGGAGAGACUGGAAUCUGACAGCUAUUCAGUGGGGAAGCGAGCAGCUGCAAAGCAUCUAAUAGAACGCUACUACCACCAGUUAACUGAGGGCUGUGGAAAUGAGGUCUGCACGAAUGAGUUUUGUGCUUCCUGUCCAACUUUUCUUCGUAUGGAUAACAAUGCAGCAGCUAUUAAGGCCCUCGAGCUUUAUAAGAUUAAUGCAAAACUCUGUGAUCCUCAUCCCUCCAAGAAAGGAACCAGCUCAGCUUACCUUGAAAACAACUCUAAAGGUGCCCAUAACAACUCCUGCACUGAUAGGAAAAUGAACAAGAAGGAAGUACAAGGCCCCAGAGAUGAUUUUAAAGAUGUGACUUACUUAACAGAAGAAAAAGUAUACGAAAUUCUUGAAUUAUGUAGAGAGAAAGAGGAUUAUUCCCCUUUAAUACGAGUUAUUGGAAGAGUAUUUUCUAGUGCUGAGGCCUUGGUUCAGAGCUUCCGUAAAGCCAAACAACAUACGAAGGAAGAACUGAAAUCUCUUCAGGGAAAAGAUGAAGACAAGGAUGAAGAUGAAAAGGAAAAAGCUGCAUGUUCUGCUGCUGCUAUGGAGGAAGAUUCAGAAGCAUCAUCCUCAAGGAUAGGUGAUAGCAACUCUCAAGGAGAUAACAACUUACAAAAAUUAGGCCCUGACGAAGUAUCUGUAGAUAUUGAAGCAAUCAGAAGAGUCUACAACAGAUUGCUUUCUAAUGAAAAAAUAGAAACUGCCUUUCUUAAUGCACUUGUGUACUUGUCACCUAAUGUGGAGUGUGACUUGACUUAUCACAAUGUGUACUCUCGGGAUCCUAAUUAUCUGAAUUUGUUCAUUAUUGUCAUGGAGAAUGGCAAUCUUCAUAGCCCUGAAUAUCUGGAAAUGGCUUUGCCAUUGUUUUGCAAAGCAAUGAGCAAGUUACCCCUUGCAGCCCAAGCAAAACUGGUCAGAUUGUGGUCUAAAUACAGUGCAGACCAGAUUCGGAGAAUGAUGGAAACGUUUCAACAGCUUAUUACUUACAAAGUCAUAAGCAAUGAAUUUAAUAGUCGUAAUCUAGUGAAUGAUGAUGAUGCCAUUGUUGCUGCUUCAAAGUGCUUGAAAAUGGUUUACUAUGCAAAUGUAGUAGGAGGAGAGGUAGAUACAGAUCAUAAUGAAGAGGAGGAUGAAGAACCCAUCCCAGAAUCCAGUGAAUUGACACUUCAGGAGCUUUUGGGAGAGGAGAGAAGAAACAAGAAGGGUCCUCGAGUAGACCCACUAGAAACUGAACUUGGUGUUAAAACUAUAGAUUGCAGAAAACCACUUAUCCCUUUUGAAGAGUUUAUUAAUGAGCCACUGAAUGAUGUUCUAGAAAUGGACAAAGAUUAUACUUUUUUCAAAGUAGAAACAGAAAACAAAUUCUCUUUUAUGACUUGUCCCUUUAUAUUGAAUGCUGUCACCAAGAACCUGGGAUUGUAUUAUGAUAAUAGAAUCCGAAUGUACAGUGAACGACGCAUUACUGUGCUCUACAGCUUAGUUCAAGGACAACAGUUGAAUCCAUAUUUACGACUCAAAGUCAGACGUGAUCAUAUCAUAGAUGAUGCACUUGUCCGGCUAGAAAUGAUUGCCAUGGAGAAUCCUGCAGACUUGAAGAAGCAGUUAUAUGUGGAAUUUGAAGGAGAACAAGGAGUUGAUGAAGGAGGUGUUUCCAAAGAAUUUUUUCAACUAGUUGUGGAGGAAAUCUUCAACCCAGAUAUUGGUAUGUUCACAUAUGAUGAAUCUACAAAACUGUUUUGGUUUAAUCCAUCCUCUUUUGAAACUGAGGGUCAGUUUACCCUGAUUGGCAUAGUACUGGGUCUGGCUAUUUACAAUAACUGUAUACUGGAUGUGCAUUUUCCCAUGGUUGUCUACAGGAAACUAAUGGGGAAAAAAGGAACUUUCCGUGAUCUGGCAGACUCUCACCCAGUUCUUUAUCAGAGUUUAAAAGAUUUGCUGGAGUAUGAGGGAAGUGUGGAAGAUGACAUGAUGAUUACUUUCCAAAUAUCUCAGACAGAUCUCUUUGGUAACCCAAUGAUGUAUGAUCUAAAGGAAAAUGGUGACAAGAUCCCCAUUACAAAUGAAAACAGGAAGGUGAUUCAGGUAGAGGUUAAGGUGAAGAUAAAAUGAUCAAGAGAGAUUUGACAGACUGAUGACCACCAGAGGGAUUUGGAAGGAUAUAAAUAAAGGAAGCUGUGCUCAGAAGACAAACUUUGAAGACAUUACAAUUUUAUCCAGAACUCAGGUCAUGUUUUCUUUUUUUUUGGAAAGGAAUGUGAAUUAAGAUAUUUUUGUCAUGCAUUUGCAAACUCAGGCAAUGCUGUCUUACAUGAUCAUCAAGAUUUUUGUAAUGCUUUUUUGUUUGUUUUCACACAGCUGACUUAAUUUAUAGGUGUUUUUAAUCAACCAAUCAGCAAGUAUUAAGUUUGUACUAUGUAUGGGCCACUGUGCUAGACCCUAGAGAUGCAAAUACAAAGAAUCAAAGAAUACUUCCUCCCAAGGGGUAAUAAAUGAAAUGGCAAGUCUAAUUACUAAUAUAUACCAUGUAAUUAAAUACAAGGAAUUUUGGAAAGGAAGGCAUUAGAGUUGGAGAGAUCAUGAAAGGUUUCUGGUAGCAUGUGGUGCUUGGCCUAUGAGACAGAAUUGAAGUGCGAGUUAUUUUAGGUAUGGGGGUGAACAGUGCAAAGACGUAGAGAAGGAGAAUCUAGUGAAAGGAACAGAGAGACAGUCAGUUUGUAUGGAGUACAGGUGCAGGAAGGCAGAAUAAUGUAUAGGGAGACCAAAGAUAAGUAGGAAAGAAGCCAGUGGGGAAAGGGCUUUAAAAGCUAAAUUGGAGUUUAUAUUUUAUCCUGGAGGUAACAAGGAGUCUCUGGAAUUUACAGUGGGUAGGGUGGACUAGAGUGGUGAGACUUUGAGGCACGCACAGAGACCAUUAGAAGCUGUUGUCAUGUUCCCAGUGAGAAUGAGUGGAGAGAAAGAAUUUGAUAGGAGAGGUGUUGUGAAGCUUUGUUCACUGUAUCUACAAAAUGAUACCUGUGUAGUUUGUCUUCGUGCAUAUCUCUUCAUAGAGUAAUUGUGUUUAUGUAGAGUCUUCUGUAAAUCAGAUUUCCAUCGAAAGAAAGGUGUUCCAUUGGGGCUAAAAAGGGCAAAAACAGAAUAAAACUACAGUUCAGCCUUCCUUCAGUAACACAGAAAGAAAAUAAAUUUGUAACAAAAUACCAGCAUCCAAAAUAUAAUAUAAUAUAAAUGUGGCAUAAAAUCCAUAGUGUUAAUUUUAUGUUUUAGUACCCUAUCCUGUGGGCCUUAUAGAAGAAAUAAUGUCAAGGAGACAAUAUGGUAUGGUGGAAAGAGCACUGGCUCUGGAAUCAGAAGACCUGGGUUCAGAUCCUGUCUCUGCGACCUGUAUGAC